UUUCUGUGUUUUGAAUAUAUCAAACUUGAUUUAUUUCUUUGAUAUUUCUUGAUAAAUAAUAUUGAUAACCUUUGACCUUCUAUCAGUAAAGAAAUUACAUUGUGUAUUUUUAUUAAUUUUUUUUCAUAGUAUAAAUGAUCGUGUCGCAACUAUAGUGACAAUGACCAAUACAAACGAACAAAAAAUAAAAAUAAUAGAUAAGAUAAUCAAUUAUAUAAAAGUUGGCAAAGGAACCACAAACAUCCUCUGUUUACCUGGUGCUUUAGGAACCAUUUGGAGCGAUUUCAAACCCCAAAUCGAAGGGUUAGACAAAAGCAAAUUCACUCUCAUAGUCUGGGACCCACCAGGCUAUGGCCAAAGUCGCCCCCCAGACCGGCAGUUUGGUACUAGCUUCUACGAGAAUGAUGCACAUUAUGCAUAUGAACUCAUGAAGAAACUGCAGAUCAAUAGGUUUUCUUUGCUGGGCUGGAGUGAUGGGGGAAUUUCUGCCAUUAUCAUGGCCUCCAAGUACCCGCAGAACGUAGAAAAGCUGGUUAUAUGGGGUGUCAACUCCUACAUCAUUCAACAAGAGAUAGAAUACUAUAACAGUAUGAGAGAUAUAAGUAGGUGGUCUGAAAAAAUUAAAGGUCCUCUUGUUGCCCUUUACACAGAAAAAGAACUUCAGAAAAUGUGGAGCAAAUGGUGCGAUACGGCUGAAGAGUUUUAUAACAAGGGUGGUAACAUUUGUAGCAAUUGGCUGAAGCUAAUCCAAUGUCCUACUUUAAUACUUCACGGUGACAAAGAUCCCAUGAUGUCGCCGGAGCAUCCAGAAUUUUUAUUUUGCAACAUAAAAGCAGUAAUGCUACACAGAUUUCCUGAAGGCAAGCACAAUGUUCAUUUGAGGUUUUCAGAAGAAUUCAAUAAGCUGGUCACAGAUUUUCUUCUACUUUGAAAACAUGUUUAUCAUAUCUGUGUCUUUCAAAAAAAUUUACAAAGAUUAACUGAAAAUAACAAUUUUAUUAAA